GAUAAGGGCGGAAUACGCCUGGGAGGUUCCGGAUUCCCUAGAGUGGCCUGGGGUUGAUAGAGUCCCAUUCCAUAAAUUAAAACUUUAUAACUGCUUUUGUAAUUUUGUGUAAAAAAGUGAAUACUGUACUGCACCGGUUGAAUAUCUUGGUCCUUCUGUGAGAAUGUCUCAGACUGGAGAAAAAGGAAAGUUUCCAGAAGCGGCAGGCUAUGUGGGAUUUGCCAACUUGCCCAACCAAGUUCACAGGAAAUCGGUGAAGAAAGGCUUUGAGUUCACUCUUAUGGUGGUGGGAGAGUCUGGUCUGGGAAAAUCCACCCUUAUCAACAGCUUGUUCUUGACAGACUUGUACCCGGAGCGCUACAUUCCUGGAGCAGCAGAAAAGAUUGAGCGGACUGUGCAGAUUGAAGCUUCAACAGUAGAGAUUGAAGAAAGAGGAGUAAAGCUACGUCUAACCGUGGUGGACACACCUGGCUAUGGUGAUGCUAUUAACAGCCAGGAUUGCUUUAAAACAAUCAUUCAGUACAUUGACAAUCAGUUUGAACGCUACCUACAUGAUGAGAGUGGCUUAAACAGAAGACAUAUUGUGGACAACAGAGUGCACUGCUGCUUCUAUUUCAUCUCUCCAUUUGGACAUGGCCUCAAACCCCUAGAUGUGGAGUUCAUGAAAGCAAUUCACAGUAAAGUGAACAUCGUCCCAGUCAUCGCCAAAGCUGACACCCUGACCCUAAAGGAGCGUGACAGGCUAAAGAGGCGGAUUUUGGAUGAAAUCGCAGAGCAUGGAAUUCGUAUCUACCAGUUGCCUGAUGCUGACUCUGAUGAGGAUGAAGAGUUUAAAGAGCAGACCAGAGUACUAAAGGCCAGUAUUCCUUUUGCAGUGAUUGGUUCAAACCAACUAAUUGAAGUGAAAGGAAAGAAGAUCCGAGGCCGCUUGUAUCCAUGGGGGGUUGUAGAGGUCGAGAAUCCAGAGCACAAUGAUUUUCUCAAACUACGAACCAUGCUGGUGACUCACAUGCAGGACCUUCAAGAGGUGACCCAGGAUCUGCAUUAUGAGAAUUUCCGUUCAGAGCGCCUAAAAAGAACUGGAAGGGCGGUGGAAGAAGAUGUGGUUGACAAAGAUAGAAUCCUCAUGCAAAAGGAGGCCGAGCUCCGCAGAAUGCAGGAGAUGAUUGCUCAAAUGCAGGCUCAGAUGCGAAUGAAGCCAGCAGACGAGUGAAGUCCUUUCCAUCUUCCACUGCCACCUGCAGAGAUGAACAGACGGAGCACAGCUUCUCCAGGACAUUUGAAGCAACACUACAUAAUGAAUUCUUUAGGGAUGAGGAAGGAGAACUCUGUGCUCCCUGGAGUUUUCCUCACAACAGAUCAACCAUUCUGCAGGAUUUCAUUUUGAGAUAGUUCUGUUUUUAGCUCUCUCCAAGGUCAUGCAAACUUUUUUUGGG